GAUUGAAAUAACUUCCAGGAUAGUAAGAGUUCAUAUCUCAUCAAAGUUUAUUAAGUUUCGAUCAGAAACAAACACAGAGUUCAUGCAUGUACGGAUGUACCUACUGAUUCAUGCUAAUUCUGCUGGAGAGAGAACAAUCAUCGUCUAAAUAUUGCACAACAUGUGUGUGCCAUCUGUGUUAGAGAAUCAAGCAAUAAAAAUGGUUGAAUCCAAAGUGAAAGAGUGCAUGGAAGAGCUGUUGAAGUUCACCCUUGAAUCUCACAUAGAGGGUACCCAGGAUAUCGAUCUAGCCUUGCCCACUGACUUCUGCCUCCUCAACAACCCGAAAAUCGGCACCAAUUCUACAAAGGGAGAACCCCCAUAUCCUUUAUACAAGCAACUAGCACUAGCCCUAUAUGAAUCCAUCAAUUCUAAUGCCAUUUCAGGGACAGAUAAUUGGGAUCAGAGUUCACAAUUACUAAACACUCUCAAGUCUGUGGACUUUGAACUCCAUGUUCAGGAGCCCUUUUUCACACAAAUCAAAGACGGCCUAAAGACAGUCGAAGGAAGGUGCAACGUUGGUCCCUAUAGUCGAAUCGGAUCAGGAGCACUGAUCCUCUUCAACAAAUGCCUGAUUGUCGAGGUUAAGGAAGUCCGAUCGUAUGGUUCCUUCUCUGAUAUGUUGCAAGCAGAGAGCCUAGAGAAAGUUCUCCCUGGUGUGAAAACCAUUGAAGAGGGUGUUCAAGUCUACAGAAGAUUCUACACUGAAGAAAUUGAAAGGUCCAAUGGUGUCAUUGCCAUAUGCAUUGAAAAAUUGCCUGCCCAACCCUAUAUGUAUUUGGCCAAGUUAUUAUCAGAAUUGGGUAAUGAUGGUAUUCAAAGCCUUCUGGAGCUCAAUUCACAUGAAUUCAGUGCAUAAAUUUGUAGCUUUAUCUGCAAUUUACUAAUGAGAAAAAAAAAACUUCAGUAAAA